UUCUUAAAUUGACACAUGGUGCGCUUUUUGCAAACUUAAUACGCACGCGCAUUAAAUGUCAAAUUCUAAAAAUAACUUGCGGCUUGCGGUAAAAUUUUAUUAUAACAAAAAAAGAACUUGACGAGGGUAAAUUGCUCUGAUUACCGCAUUACGUGUCAUCAUCCAAAAAUAAAACAUUGUUAUUGAAGACAAAUUUUUUUUUAAUUGUAUGAAUUUAAAUUUCGAAUAUGGAUAAAAUAAAAGAUAAUUCAAGUGGAGAACUGAAAUUACCACCACUUCGAAGUUUGGAUGAAUUUAUUUUAGAUGGUGCACGUUUUCAAAUACCAAACAUUAAAGACCUUGACAAAUGGGGCAAUCGAGUUGUUAAUAAUCUUCUUUAUUAUCAAACAAAUUAUUUCUUUCUAUCAAUAAUCAUUUUCCUCAUUGUUGGAUUAAUUCAUCCUGGGAGAAUGUUAGUCGGUAUGAUAGCAAUGGGAGUAAUAGUAUCCAUUUUUACGUAUACGUCAGCAGAAGGAAGAGCUAUACAUAACUUUAAAAAACAAUAUCCAGUUGCUGGUAUUGCUGUUAUUCUCUUAGGAGGCUGUUUUAUUACUUACACUUUAGGUUCUUUACUUGUCUUCUUAACUGGUAUAUUGAUGCCUUUUUGCGUGAUCUUCACUCAUGCCUCCUUAAGGUUACGAAAUAUUAAAAAUAAGGUUGUCAAUAAAUUAGAGAGCAUCGGUUUAAAACGAACCCCAAUGGGACUUUUUUUGGAACAACUUGAGAAUAUCACUGGUAUGGCAAUUCGGGCACAAACAUCUAUCAUGCAAAGUGCACCAAACUAACGCUUCAAGCAACAUCAUUUUUAUAAAAUGCAAAUGGAAUGUUUUAUGUUAAUCAUGACGUAUAUAAUUUUUCUACGCAUAAAGCAAAUAGUGAAAGAUUUGAUAAAAUCGAAAUCAAGGAAUUUUUUCCUUUGUAAAUUAAUUGUUAAUAUCAUGAGUACAGUCGACGUGACAAAAAAAAAUUGUAUAUUUUUUUAUAAUAACUUUUAAAGAAACAGAAAAAAAAUUGAACUGGACGCUUUAACAACAGUUUAGGAGUUUGAAAAAUACAAAGAAUUUUAAAUGAUA